AUGACGAAAAUAUCAUUGUUGACUUAUAAAUUCGUCGGUUUUGCUUUUGUUAAUAAAGAUGCGAUUGCAAACGCAACAACGGCAGCUGCAAACACAACAACGGCAGCUACAAGAACAACAACGGCAGCUACAAGAACAACAACGGCAGCUACAAGAGCAACAACGGCAGCUACAAGAGCAACAACAGCGACGGCAACAGCAAUGGCAACAGCGACAACAGCAAUGGCAACAGCGACAACAGCAACGGCAACAGCUAGAGCAGCAACGGCAACGGCAGCUAGAGCAGCUACGGCAACAGCUAGAGCAACAGCUAGACCAGCAACGGCAACAGCAAGAGCAGCAACAGCAACAGCAAGAGCAGCGGCAACAAUGGCAAGAGCAGCAAAAGCAGCAAUGGCAACAGCAAAAGCAGCAAUGGAAAUCGCAAAAGCAGCAAUGGAAACGGCAAAAGCACCAAUGGCAACGGAAACAGCAAUGGUCAAGAUGAUGAUGGAAAUAGUAAAAACUACAACUACAACAGGAGUAGGAUUGAUUCCCUAUAGGAUUUGUAAUAAAAAAAGUUUUUUUGAUUAUUUAUUCAAAUUACCUGAAAGCUUCAAAGCAUUUGGAAAUAGAUAUAAGGCAAAAUAUUAUAUGUCUUUCAGUACCUUACCUUAG